CCGCGUUUGAACGCGGGGCGGCGGCGGGACCGGCUGAAAUUGGUCUGCAGAAUGAAAAUCUUGACUGCAGUCUACCCAGGCUAGAGGCGCCCUGCAAAUGGCAGUGUUUUAGUCCUUUCCUGGAUCCUUUGCCUCCCCGUAAAUCAACCCUGGCUCUGCCAUGAGUGCCUCAUCCCUGCCAUUUGUGGUUGGAGCAAACACUGUGGAAGACCAGCGGGCUCGCUGGGAGAGAAAGCGCAGCAGGACAGCCAAGGAGCUGCUGGAAACGGAACUCAAAUACCUCGAGCAGCUGGAUUUGGUGCUCACAUACUUUGUGACAAUUUUAAAGGCCAAAGGGACACUGAAACCUGCCGUGUUGGAAACUAUAUUUGGACCCCUGGAGUCCUUAUAUUCAGCAAGCCAUGUUCUGUCACUUCACCUGGAGAAAGGGAAUUUGGCAACAGGACUGGAAAAUUUUUGUCAGAGUCUGGAUCUUUAUGGCCAAUAUGCUGAGAAUUUGGAGCAGACCAAUAAAACCUUGAAGGAGCAAGUGAGGAAAAAUAAGUCAUUCCGGCGGUUUAAGAAACUCCAGGAGACUCGACCUCAGUUUCAAGGGAGGGAGCUGGAGGAUCUGCUUUUUUUGCCCCUGCAGAGGCUGCACCAGUACAAGCAUUUCUUCAGAGACCUGCUGGAGAACACCAGCCCAGACACUGCUGACUACCAGAAACUUUCAAAGACUGUGAAAUCUGUUUGUGAGGUAUCUCACUGGGUCCAAGAUGUCUUUGAUAAGAGAGAGAAUUCCUUGCAACUACUUCGGAUUCAAAAAUUGCUUAAAGGACAAAAGACUCAGGUUUUGACUCCAGGGCGCUGGUAUAUCCGGGAAGGCUGGCUUUUGGUGGUGCCUUCAAAGGGAGAAGAACUGAAGCGCAGGAUGUUCUUCCUAUUCUCUGAUAUCCUCAUUGCAGCGAAGCCCUGCCACCCACUGCACCCACUGAACUCCAACAAACUGUCCUGCCAAGCUGUCUACCCGCUCCAGCAGUGCUCCGUGGAUAAAGUGUUUGGCCACACAUGGAGCCAGGGAGGGCUCCUCAGUCUUUCCUUUCCGCACAAGAGACUGCUGUUGAUGUCCAGCAACCAAGAAGAGAUCAAUGACUGGUACCACAGUCUCACCGCUGCAGUCAGGCAGCUGAAAGCCUGACUCUCCCGAGUACAAGACAGACUGGCAGGACAACCACCCUUAAGACAGAAGCUUCCACUAUUUUAUAAAAUGUUCAGGGACAUAUAGUAGCACUGAAUUGAGAAGGACUACACACUGUGUUUGUGACCAUGAAUGCUUUGUUAGCUGCACUAAUGUUCAUACAGAUACUGCCAAAAAUGCAUUUGUAUGUUAAAAAAAAAAAAACCUGUAUCAAGGAUUUUCCCCAAUUUAGCUUAGAAGCUUUUAGAUUUUUUUGUACUUUAGUAAAUUCAGAUUAUUAAUUUAAGGUCAAACAAAUCAGAGUGUGACUUGUUUUCCCUCAUUAAAUGCUUUGUUAAAGGUAUUUUUGUAUUUUAUUAAAGCUUUAGCAUGGACAUUUAGUAAUGUGGAAGUUGUACAGCAGUUCGGUUCAGAAAACCAAUCUGAAUAUGGUAAACUCCAAAGAGAACCAUUUCAAGGUUCUUAGAAACAUAAAGUUGGUCUGAACACUGACCUUAUAGCAGUUUGACUGUUUUUGCUUCUUCCUUAAGCAGUAUCACCCAUCUUUAAUUUCUCACUCUAUUUAUUAAAAUAGAACUGGUACUGUGUGAGGCAAGUGUCUCGAAGAAAGAAUACAUAAUGGGGCUUCUUUGUCUUUCCAUACAAUUAGCUUGCUACACAGCGCCACUUAUUUAAAUCUGUUAAGUUUGUGAAACUUGGGAGGAAGAAAUGCAACAAGGUUUAGGAAGCCACACUGGUUCCACUGUGUUUUGCCAAGAAGGAUUGGGCCAACUCCUUUCCAACUGGGUAUCCUAUCCUGUGAUUUUACGUUUGGGUUGGUUUUGUUUUGGGGUUUUUACAAAGUUACAGCUAGGACUUUCAAAUAUUAGCUAUGCCCCAAAUUAAAGACUAACAAUUUAGGAUUCUUAUUGCUCAGUAGUUGUAUCACUGAAAAAGUUCUGCUAUCCCCCCUUUUAACAGAGUAAUACAGAGACGUCUUGCAAUCCUGCCUCUGAAGGUGCCUCUGACUUGCGCCUGUGUUACUACCUUAUAAUAAGACAAGCUUCUUUGGCUGUCUCUUUAUAGGACUUAGUGUUACCAUCCUAUUGCACUCAGUCCUUUUUAAACAGCAGAAGUAUCUUAUUUCUCACCAAAUUUCCCGCCCUGAAAUGCUGAACACUGGCUCCUAGAACACACUGUUAUCAAACCCAUAUUUCUAGAACUACUAGCUUAUAAGCACAGGAAUUAUGAUGAGUCAGGGGAAGUUUAUGUAGGCCAUUAGCAAGAGUUUCUUCAUAGAAAAGGUGAAUAGACAUGAAUUAGCUGCCCAGGAGGUGGUGGAGUCACAGACCCUGGAGGUGUUAAAGACUGGAUGUGGCACUCAGUGCCACUGUCUGGUUGAUGCAGUGG